CCGUGAGGGCGGCCCAGCUCGAGGGUGGAACGGCGCUCCCGUCGGGGCUGCCCAGCUCGAGGGUAAUGGCUCUCCCGUGGGGGCAACCCGGCGCGGGGCUGAGACGCUCACGUGAGGGUGACCCGGCUCGGGGCUGGAACGGUGCUCCGGUGGCUGAGACGGCGUUCUAGCGGCGGCGGCCUGAGUCCAGGGUUCGGCCGCGGGCCAGUGGACAACGUCGUCAACAGCUGCGUCCGCUGGACUGGAGGGCGGCAGCUUCGACCACCCCGGGCCAUGGUGGUUGAACCGGCCCGUUCGCGGAGCUCGGUGAGCCGCGGGACUGAUCUACCAUCGCCCGGUGGGGUAUCGCCUCAGCGCAGAGGGAGAAGAAGAGGGAAGAGACUGCAACCCUAAGAUUUUCGCCUCCAUCACAGUGAGGAAGUGCUUGGUGGACUCACUGUGGUGGAUGUUAAUUUGUGUUUACUGUCUGUUCUGUUGUCUAUUAUUGUAUUAUUGUAUGUAUGACUGCAGGCACAAAAUUUCGUUCAGACUGAAAGGUGAAUGACAAUAAAGGAAAUUCAAUUCAAUGAUGGGAGUGACAGGAUAAAAUGAGAUUUAGUGUAGGAUUAGUAUGAAUACAUGACGGUUUCUCUGAAGUGAAGGAAUCAGAGUAAAAACCCGAACGAGUUAUAUAAAAUUAUGAAAGGCAGAGAGAGGGUUGAUAGAUUCUUUCCAAUAAUUUGUACGUCAAAAAUUAAAAAGGUUUAAGGCGAGAAGAACGAGUUUUAAAGAGUAUAGACAGUAGUUGAUACCUGGAACUUGGUGCCAGAGGUGGUGGAAUCAGAUACAAUAACUACGUUUCAGAAAUAUUCAGAUAGACACUGUGGGCAAGUGGGUUUAGUGUUGGUGGGUAAAAAGGUGGCAUGGACGUGGUGGGCAGAAGGCCCGUUUCUGUGAUAUACAUCACGAUGACUCUUGGACACUGCGAGCCAAAUGAUCUGUUUCCAUGCCAUAUGAUUCUCUAAAACGUAAACUAAUUUCUCCCUCCUUCUUCUUCUUGUGCACAGCCUAGAGUUGUAGGACAACUUGUUCUAUUUGAUUGUGCACGCCAGGUUGAUUGCAUUCGUUGAAACAGGGCAGACCACGUGAAGGUUGCAAUCAUCCACCCCUAGUUUCUCCCCAUGGCUCAGACUCCAGAGUUCUAAGGAAAUAAACAUUAACAUUCAAUAUCCAGCUCUGCCCACAACAGUACUGUAUUUGUGCAAAAUCUUAAUGCCAACAUAAUUAGAUCAAUUUCUGUGACUUAAAAGUGGAUAGUUUUAAGUGGUGAAGAAUUCUUAUAUAUGGUAGAUAAUACCUCUUUAUUUGUAUACAAUUUCAGAAAAUUCACGAAGAACAAUAAGUUUGAACGUUCCAUUUUAAAUUAUGAUGGUGAGGAAUCUGGGCCUAGUCAAAGAAGGGGGCUAUUGCAGUAUACGGAGCGGAAUUUUAGCUACAAGCCACUUGCUGAUGGAUAUCAGAGCAUUCUCAGCGAACAAAAGAAAACUGCAAUUGAUGGAUAUCAUAAGAAAAUAAAAAAGAAUCAUAGAGUGACUUUUAUGAAAUGUCCACAACGCAAAAAACAUAAAAGAACCAAACAUCAUAGGAUCAAUGAGCACCUUCUUACUGAAGGCUGGAAGGGCAGAAGCAUUUCUUAUGAUGAUUUACCUAUUGCUCCCCCGCUCCCAGAAGGAUCAUUUUGGAACUAUUCACAAGGUGGGGAACAAUCUCUACCCAGGUACAAUUUUUCACCAGGUUCUGAUAAUUCAGGAUUGAUGGCUUCAAAAAGAGAUACAAUGAAGGAAUACACUGAACAGCUUGGCAGCUUGUAUCCAAGUAGACACCCAAGCCAAAGAUCAACACAAGGCGUUUCUGCAUAUACCUCUUCUCCCAUACAGAUUCAAAUCAAUCCUCCUCAUGACCAAUUACAAUCCAGCCAAGCUGAUAAUCGACACAAUAAACCCAAUUCAUCCAUUGGAUUGACAGCUGAUCGGACUGAUGGCUACGCACCUAGAUCCCUCUUAUCACCACACUGGCAUCCUGUUCGUGAUGUAAAUCUGGUCCCCACGUCACCAGCUCAUACAAUCUAUCCGGGUACUGAUGACAGUAGAUCAGGUGCAGCCAGAUCUCUCAUUCAAUCCCCAACCAUGCAAGUUGGCAGCAAUGAACAAGAUGUACAUAAUUACUCCAGCCGGUCAGUGAUCAAUUUUCCUGGAAAUAUGCCAGGUACGUUUAGAUCUCCAUUGCGAGCACAACCAUCUCGUAUUGAUGGCAAUGUAUCACACAUACCUGAGCAUUUCACUCAAUCGUUACCUCUUCAUGCUGCUGAAAAUACGCAAGACACAAGGCAACACAACUUGAGUGAUUGGCAAAACCCACCAAAAAUGUCCACAACUCAAACCAUCCAUAAACGACCCCCUUCCUUUAAAUCGACAGUGUCAGUGAAAUACAGAGCAGAUCAAUCCGAGAGAGAAGGAGAAAACGGUUUCAUUAAACAACAAAAGUCAGGUCCCCAUUCACCUGGAUCACGGCUCAAAGAAUCUGCUCAAUACCCUAAUAGUUAUAUUGAAUCAUUUACACAGGGCAGCAUUGAAAUGGGUUCAUUCACACAACCAUCAUCUUCACGUGUUCCUAGUAAUGUAAAAGGUACAUCAAGGCAUAUCCCCAGAUCAUCAGAUACCUCAAUGAAUGAUGAUAGACAAGCUCAGUUAUAUCCUAAUGUCCAAUCUAUAAAUCAAAAUUUCAAAAGACAAGAUAAUACUUUAUCUGGACAAAAUGAUACUCAACAACCAAAACCAACAGAAAUGCCAAUAACAAGGAUUGUCCAGGUCCCUCACAAGAGAUCCCACUCUUAUUCUGAUCCACCGUCAGUUAACCAGGGUGCAGACAUACAAUCCAGAGCUAGAUCAAGAUCCAUUAGCCCACAUAAAUCGCAUUAUUCCCAAGGAGCAAGGCAAAAUACAAAUUUUGUAUAUCCUUACGGUUACGAUGAAGCAUCAUCAUACCACAACAAUUUAUCAUAUGGCUAUGUUGCUGACAAUACACAUCAUCCAUCCAACUCUUCUGCCCAACCACUACGUACUGACAUAAGCAAUGCACAAAGUAUUGCUAAUUCUUCUUUCAAAGACAAACAAAAUGCUGAAGGUGCAUUUAAUUCAUUCACUGGAUCAGUGCACUAUGAUGCUGAUGAUAUGAUACGGGAUACAUUAGAACACUCAAGUUUUCUCCCACCACCUGCCUACAUUGAUAGUCGUGCACAAAACACGUCCACAGCUCUCAGACACUCUCAAAUUCUCCAAUCUAAUGAUAGUGUAAGACGUAAAUUGGAAUUCCCUAGCUAUUCGCCACUACCCCAUAUGGAAGCUAAUAUAAAGAGUCAGUCACCAAAUCACUUGCUAUCUACUGGCAUAAAUAAUGCUUCUAUUAAAUCAUUGUCCACAUCCAGUGACAUCAGAGAGAGACCAGCUCAUUCUGCUGGACAGCAAUUAUCCCCUCAAACCAAUAGUGAAGUUAAGGUACCUUAUUAUGCCACACAGUCCCCUGGUUUUCACGAAUACACACAAAAUACAUCAAAUUAUAACAUCAUAUCAGGUUUUCCCACUGUUAACGAUAACGCACAAUGUUUACACUCCAUGUCCAACGAAUCACUGACCACCGACGAUGAAGCCAAUGAACUCUACAUACCCUAUGUUCCCUUUCUGUCAUUGUCUACUAAUUUCAAAGACAAUCAAUCUGAAUUUGAUCAUACAAAUGACAAUAUACAACAUGCUGAACCAACCUCUUUCCAUUUUAGUCGUUUUGAAUGGAAUACAACUAGGUAUUUAUCUGAUCAUGGUGAAUCUGACAAACAAACUGCAUCCAACUCUUCCAGCAAUUUACUGCUCAAUGAUGUCGAUGAACCUCUUGUUUCUUCCAAUACACCAUUUAGCCCUGUUGUUCAUGAAUCAGUUAUAGACAAUUCACUUAUGCAAUCAGAGUCCACUCAUGAUGUAAAUAUGUUAAACAACUCCAACUUGUCCACCCAAUCACUGCCUUUAUAUGGUGAUGAUGAGGCACAAAAUGCAUCCCACCCUUCUAUCCAAUCUUAUCUUGCUGCUGAUGAACAAAGUAGAAGUGGACAGUUCAACAAUUCAUCAAUUUCCCAAUUUGAUGAGGCACGAAAUGCAUCCCACCCUUCUAUCAAAUCCUAUAUUGCUGCCGAUAAACAAAGUAGAAGUGAACAGUUCAACAAUUCAAUUUCCCAAUUUGACGAGGCCCAAAAUGCAUCCCACCCUUCAAUCCAAUCCUAUAAUGCUGCCAAUAAACAGAGAAGUGGACAGUUCAACCAUUCAUUAACUUCGCAAUUUGAUGAGGCACGGAAUGCAUCCCACCCUUCUAUCCAAUCCUAUAUUGCUGCCGAUAAACAAAGAAGUGGACAGUUCAACAAUUCAACUUCCCAAUUUAAUGAGGCACGAAAUGCCUCCCCCCACCCUUCUAUCCAAUCCUAUCUCGCUGCUGCUGAACAAAGUAGAAGUGGACAGUUCAGCAAUUCAUCAACUUCCCAAUUUGACGAGGCACAAAAUGCAUCCCACCCUUCUAUCCAAUCCUAUAUUGCUGCCAAUAAACAAAGAAGUGGACAGUUCAAUAAUUCAACAUCCCAAUUUAAUGAGGCACGAAAUGCAUCCCCCCACCCUUCUAUCCAAUCCUAUCUUGCUGCUGAUGAACAAAGUAGAAGUGGACAGUUCAACAAUUCAACUUCGCAAUUUGAUGAGGCACGAAAUGCAUCCCACCCUUCUAUCCAAUCCUAUAUUGCUGCUGAUAAACAAAGAAGUGGACAGUUCAACAAUUCAACUUCCCAAUUCAAUGAGGCACAAAAUGCAUCCCCCCACCCUUCUAUCCAAUCCUAUCUUGCUGCUGAACAAAGUAGAAGUGGACAGUUCAACAAUUCAGCAUCUCAAUUUGAUGAGGCACGAAAUGCAUCCCACCCUUCUAUCCAAUCCUAUAUUGCUGCCGAUGAACAAAGUAGAAGUGGACAGUUCAACAAUUCAACUUCCCAAUUUAAUGAGGCACAAAAUGCAUCCCCCCACCCUUCUACCCAUUCCUAUAUUGCUGCUGAUGAACAAAGUAGAAGCGGACAGUUCAACAAUUCAACUUCCCAAUUUGAUGAGGCACGAAAUGCAUCCCCCCACCCUUCUAUCCAAUCCUAUCUUGCUGCUGAACAAAGUAGAAGUGGACAGUUCAACAAUUCAACUUCCCAAUUUGAUGAGGCACGAAAUGCAUCCCACCCUUCUACCCAAUCCUAUCUUGCUGCUGAACAAAGUAGAAGUGGACAGUUCAACAAUUCAUCAACUUCCCAAUUUGAUAGAAAUAAACAAAGUACAUCUAAUAAGGGCCUCCAUUUGUUGGAUUCCAAUGGUACUGAUGAUCAAGGUAGUCAAUCUGAUUUUUCCCGUUAUCCAUUAUUUCCUUACAUGGAUGACAAUAUGGAAAGUAAAUUCAGGCCUCCCAUCACACCAUCCGGUGAGGUUAAUAUUGUUGCAUCAAAUGCAUCAGCUUCACAGGCACAAUUCACCGAUGCUGAGGAUACCGUGGAAGGAGUUUCUCAUGCCUUCUCCCAAUUAAGGUCCACUGAUGUUGCUGAAAGUAGACAAAUGACACCACAAACAUGUAAAUCACCCAUUUUAUCAAUGCAUUCAUAUUCUCCAUCCAAAUCAGAAAAACAUUCUAAUUCUUCCAUCCAUUCACAAUCUGCCCAGAUCAAGGAUAACAUGUUAGAUGAAUUCAAAUCUUCCACCGAAUCAUUAAAGACUUACACUGAUGAAAUUUCAACACCCAAAACACCAACACCAUUUGACCUUGUGCUAGAUAAUGCACACUCUCCAAGUUCUUCCACCAGAUUACCACUGGUUCCCACUCAUGAUAAUGGAAAAGCAAUACUGACGCCUCCUGGCCAUUCACAGUCCCCACAUGUUAGUAACUCUCCUCCUUCCACUCAGGUUUACACAGAUGACAAGCAUGUAAGAGAUCUUAGUUCGCCCACAUCACAGACCACCCAGAAUAGCAAUAUAAAAGGAAUCUCUCAUCCUUCAAAUCAAAUGUUUCACGAUAACCUUGGUAAUAGAGGGCGUAUAUUGCAUAAAGUCAGAUCUGGUGGUUCACCAAAUUCUCACAGUGCAAGUUCUACCCGCUCACAAUUAGGUUCUUCCAAAAAGAGUAAAUCGUCUUCCCCAGAAUCAUUAAUCAAUUUUAAAAAUUGUCAAGAGACGUUUACAGAUAUGCCCACACAGUCAAAAUACACAAACAGAAUUAACCAUAAACAAAAUUCUUCUUCUACUUCUUCCUGCUCCCAAUCAUCAACAUCCUCAGACCAUCAUAGUAUGCCAGUUAUAUCCAAAAUGUCUUCACAAUCACUGAACACUAACCCUGAUCGAGCAAGUGGAUCAAAUUCUUCGACUCCAUCCAUGUCCUCUCUAUUUGACAAUAACUUGCAGUUUUUCUCUUACGCUUAUGACCAGACAUUUGGCAGACAUGUGGAUGACAACAAUCAUGUAGUUGCAUCUUCCAGUCAAUUCAUCCAAGAAAAUUGUGAGCAAGGCGCUCAACCUGCUACCAAAUCACAACUCGAUCUUGUUCAUGCCACUGACAAUGACAACAGACAAGAUUUUUUAUACAAAUCUAGACUUUCUAAUCUAGCACCAACUGCUGAUGCUUCUUCCAGAACAGGACGGUCAUCUACUUCUUCUAUCCAUUCAAUAAGGUCUAACGCUGAAAAGAGAGAGAGAGUUGGGUCCAGUUCUUCCAUCCGCUUAAACCAUGUUUCUCCUAAUUAUAGUGAAAGGCUUGCAAGCAGUUAUGUUCCUUCAUUGUCUGAAACUGAAGAUGUUAAGGAAGUUUUAUCAGGUUUAUCCAAUUACUCACACUUUACCCCUCCCUUUGUAGCAGAUCAUCAACAAGCUUCUACUUCAUCCAAUCCUGUCAGUAAAAAUGUGCAAGGAGUCUUUCAUUCACGUCCCACCAUUAAUGAUAAACAGGUUUUCAGAACUCAUGGUCCGUCACCACAAUAUAUCAAUAUGAAUGUAAUAGACACUGAAUUAUUGCCACCCAAGGAUAAUGACGACCAAAUUUCAUUAUGUUACUCUUCUCAAUCAAGUUCAACUCAUAGCGACAUGUGUGCACAAGAUGAAUCACAUUAUCCUCCAUCGUUAUUUUAUGGGGAUGAUAAUUCACAAAGUCUUUCUCCUCCUCAACAAAUACUGUAUAACCAUACUGAGAACACAAAAGGAGAGAGAUCACCCAGCCGGUCCCGAACAAGUCCUGUUAGUAAUAAGCUACUAAAUGCCUCCUACUCACCCAUUCACUCCGAUGCUGCUCUUAGAAAUUUCCAUGGUGAUUAUGACACACAUAACCAGUUUAGUCCAGGAAGUAAUGAGUCAUAUAGCGGUUCCAAGUCACCGAAAAAAUCUAGUCAAGGUAGUAAUAGUCUACAAGGUGGUUCUGAAUCAUCUACUCAGGGCGAGUUUAAUUUUACCGAUAAUAAUCUACAAAAUUGUUCAGAGAGAUCUACCCAACCUUGGUUUUAUCUGGUUAGUAAUAACCAACCAGUUGAUUCUGCAUUAUCAGCUUCAUCCCACGGUACUCCAGGAAGUAACAGACCACAAGAUGUUUCAUUUUCCUUCACAAACUCUGUUCAUCAAUCUGUUAGCAAUAAGUCACAAACUCCUUGUUCAUCCACUCACUCUGAUGAUAGAUCUGAAAAAAAUUGUGCAUUCAGACCUGCCCAGUGUUCACAAUCUCCCCAUGCUUUUUAUCAAGUAAACCCUUCAUCAAGAAUUUCUGCUCAAUCAUUAAUAAGCCCGGUCAGUGAUAAUGCACUAGCUGAAUCCAAGGAUUUGGACAGGUCGUCUAAUUAUAUUGAAGAUCAACAAGAUGCAUCUAGUUUAUCUACUCAUGGUGCAAGAAAUGUACCAGGCUCAUCAAUGAGUAGUCAUAUUGACAAUAGUAAACAAAGCCCACCAUAUUUAUCCCAUCUUGAUAAAGGAGUGCAAUGUUCUUAUACCGAACCUAAAAGGACCCACUUUCAUAAUAGGCAAAAUAAAUAUAAAUCUUACAACCAGUCUCAAUCCAACUACACUGCUAAAAUGAUGCCUCAAACUGCACGUUCUUCAAAGUCAUCUUCUCGGUGCAAGUAUUCUGCAAAUGUGGUUUCUGAUUUUUUAUCACCUGUGCCUAGUUCUUCGGUAUUUCCUUCAUCCACUAGUCCAGAUGAUUCUUCUGACACUUGGAGUUUCUCCGACCAUUCAAUACCUACUGUGAGCUGCGAAUAUCAGUCGAAUGCAACAAGCUCCAUGAUUCGGACACUAUCUCCUAGGAGUGAUGAUGCUGCUUCUUCCUAUAUAUCCGGAUUCACACUUAGUACAUUAUAUGAUGAUUAUGACAAUGAUAACUUUUCAGCUCCUUCCUAACUGAGCCAUCUGAUCUGCACUAUCGAAGAGCACAUCAGCCUGAACCUCUAUCGAAUCUUUAGCUGAGGAUCUCCACCAGUUCACCAUAAUAGCAUCUUGCGUUGGUUUUUGCAAUAAUUUAAAAUGCCUGCAAUUUUUCAAAUAUACCCAUCAGAAAAUAUUCAUGUUAUAUGCAUUGUUUAUUGUAAGUUUUUGAAAUAAAUGUAGCUUUAUAAUUUAAUGAUGUCAGUUAUUUCGUUGUCGUGAAAAGUUAGUAAAAUGCUCCAACAUGUCCAUUCCAAGAACAAUGUUGACGAUUUUGGUCAGGAUGGAUUUGGUGCAGCAUAGAAACAAACAAGCAUCCAUAGCAUCGGCAGAUCAUUGUUUCAAAAGAUUAAAUUGAAAUGCAAUCUACAGCUCGCAUCUCUUAUUUGUGUUAAAAAAAGAAUUUGUGAACUUCCACUGUAAAUCGUUUUAGAAAAAACUGGAUUAUUACAAUUUCUUGGUGAGUUUUGCUUGCGUCAGGGUGUUUAGAAGCCGAUUGAAAAGUUAAACAGUGACAAAGAAAAUCUGAUGCUAAUAAAUUGCUAUCAAAACAGUUGACUGUUAGUCUGUUAUGACCCACAUGAUAUUAAUGAAAAUUGGAAUUUGGUCUAUCACACCAAAUGCUCACUUGGUUUCAACAUAGAAAAUAGGUGCAGGAGGAGGCCAUUCGGCCCUUCGAUCCAGCACCGCAAUUCAUUGGGAUCAUGGCUGAUCGUCCCCAAUCAAUAGCCCGUGCCUGGCUUCUCCCCAUAUCCCUUGAUUCCACUAGCCCCGAGAGCUCUAUCCAACUCUCUCUUAAACCCAUCCAGUGAUUUGGCCUCCACUGCCCUGUGACGGGGAAUUCAACUAAUUCACAACUCUCUGGGAGAAAAUGUUUUUUUCUCACCUCAGUCUUAAAUGGCCUCCCCUUUA